CUUUCAUUAUUAGUCAACUCAACCAACUUAACCAGCAAUAACCUUAAUUUCUCCAUCCAUCUCUACUCAAUUCUUAACUUUAUCUAUCAGACAACGGCGCGGUGGUGAUGGGGGACAAAAGAGCAACACCGACGGCGGUGAAGCAGCUGUCGCGAUGGAUUCGAAGCAGAUCGGUGAGACAGCAAGUAGGCAUGGCGUCAAUGGCAGCUUUUAUACUACUCAUUUUAAUGAAAGUCUUCGUUAAAAAUUACACUUAUUUCUAUGUCGCUGCUCAACUUGCUCAUUCUAUUGGCAUCUUAGUCUUAAUUUACAAGCUCACCAUCACCAAAACUUGUUCCGGUUUAUCAUUAAAGACUCAAGAGCUUACGUCGAUAUUCUUAAUCAUGAGGAUCAUAUGUCAUUUCAUGUACAUACGGGAUAUUUACAUUGUACUUGAUUCUAUAACCCUCGGAUCUACUCUUUGGGUUAUCUAUAUGAUACGGUAUAAGUUGAAGAAUACCUACUUGCAAGAUCUUGACAAUAUGCCUUUCUACUACGUGCUGGUGCCUGCCUUUGUUAUCGCAUUUGUAGGCAAUCCUGGAGUUGGAAUUAGCGGACUGUUCUAUAUGUAUAGUAAGGUCAUUGAAGCCGUUUCAGUGCUCCCUCAGCUUCGCCUAAUACAAAAUGCUAAGGUGGUUGAACCAUUUACUGCACACUAUGUCUUUGCCCUUGGUGUUGCAAGAUUCUUCUCAUGCGCAAAUUGGAUUAUCUUGCUUAUUGACACCAAAGGAACAAUGUUGACAAGCAUAGGGAGCGGACAUCUUUAUUUAUUAAUAAUACUUCUCGCUGAGGUGGUUCAAACUUUCAUCUUGGCAGAUUUCUGUUAUUACUAUGUUAAGAGUGUAGUGGAGGGACAAAGCAUGAUGCGGCUGCCUUCAAUGGUCUGAACCAGUCCAGGAUAAGUUUCCGGGAGCUGCGGCAAUAAACUAUCUUCAUAAUGCUUGCUUUGUAGUUGCCUGCCGCCAACAACGAACCAACCCCUGUACAUCAGGGAAUAAGGAGAGUAGGCGUCCAGUUUGUAGCUACACUUGAUGAGUAAAUGUGAAGAAUUAGGGCAAUAGAGAUUCAUGUUUAGCUGGAAGCAGCUUCUGUAUAUUAGAAUUAGAAAUAAAACUGCUUGUUUGAUCUACUGUUUUAUCGUCUGAUAUUUGAUCUACUAUUGUUACUCUUA